AUGGAAGGAUCAGGUCCGCGCCAAACCGGACGUGCAGAAUCUCAAUGGCAGGACAACUUUUUAAAUCUCGAACGAGGGAAGGACCAAGAUAAUCAACGAGAGGGCAGUGUGAACACCUCUCACACGAGUAAAAGCCGCUCAAAAGGGAAAGAUCAUGUAUCCCAUAAGCAGAACGAGCAAAAGGCUCUACAGCAAGAGAUUAAUGAUUUGAAGAAGAAGCUGCGUCGAGCGCAGCGAAAACGUCCUUCACCUGGCUCGGACACCAGCAGUGAUAAGGAUGGCGAAUACAGGCGAAGGUCAAAAACCCCUCCGAGCGAGACUUUUUCCUAUGAGGAAGAGCGGCCUCGCAAACGCGGCCACAAAAACCCGUCUUACCAAGGCCUGGCCAAUGAUGCCAUGAGCAAGGCCCUGGAUUGCAUCUCCCAGUCGCCAUUCACACGUAGAAUAGAGAGGGCAGCGCUUCCUCGACGGUUCAAUCAAUCGAAGUUUGCCAUAUACAAUGGUCGGACUGACCCAGUGGAGCAUGAGCCCGGUCAUACCACCGACGAUUGCAGGAAUCUGAAAAACCAUUUGGAUCAGCUUGUCCGAGAAGGAAAGUUGAGGCAUCUAUUGCACCGCCCUGAACAAUCGAAUGUCGAAACCAGACAAGGUACAUUGAGGCCACCCAUUGGCACAAUCAAUGUCAUUCUUACAGCACCUGGGAGGACCGGUUCUAGUCCUUUCAGAGUAAUGUCAGUGGACAGGUUCCCAACUGAGCCAGACGAAAGGGAAUCCAAGAGAGCCAAAGUGAGUGCCACGCCAUUGAUCAGGUUCACAGAGGAAGACAAGCAAGGAACCCUUCAACCCCACGACGAUGCCCUAGUCGUUACACUCAAAAUAGGAGGUUAUGACGUGAAAAGGGUGUUAGUUGAUCAAGGCAGCGCCAUGGAGGUAAUGUACCCCGAUUUGUAUAAGGGGUUGAACUUGAAGCCAGAAGACCUGUCGCCAUAUAAUUCCCCUCUGGUCAGCUUUGAAGGAAAGAUCGUCAUCCCGAAAGGCAUGAUUAGGCUGCCUGUACAAACAAACUCGGACGUGGUAGAGGUGAACUUCAUUGUCGUAGAUGCAUACUCCCCCUACACAGCUAUUGUGGCCCGGCCGUGGCUUCAUGCACUGGGGGCUGUGUCAUCAACCUUGCACCAAAAAGUGAAGUAUCCGUCAGGAGGUCAAGUUAAAGAAAUAAUAGGGAAUCAAGGAAUGGCUAGGCAAUGCAUGGUGUCGGCAAUCUCACAACGACCAAAUAGAGAGCCUUCCACUUCAGCCGAGAGCGGCUUAUAG